CAGGGGCCUCGCUCCUCUCCACCACGUACUCCACUCCAUCCAUCCAUCAUCGUCUAUCCAUGAAGAGCUUGCAGGAGGAGAGGGCGGCGUUGGUGCCGUCGCCGUGGCCCCAGCAACAGAGAAAGGACGGCGGCGAGCAUGAUCCGGAGCAGCUGAUGGAUGAGGAUGACGGUGACGAUGAGGAGGAUCUGCAGGAUGAGCAGCACACAAGAACAAUUAGGACGUCGACCAAGACGGCGGAAGCAUCGUCAUCAGCGGAGCGGCGGGUGCCGGCGUGGUGGAGGCUGCGGCGGGCGCAGAAGCUGCUGGUGCCCACCAGAGGUGUUGGCCUGGUCAUCGCCGGUCUCCUCGUGCUGGUCUUGCUCCUCGUCGUCGGCGGCGGCGGCGGCGCCAACACCAGUCGUCGUCGCUGGAUCCACCUCGACUAUGCAUCGUCGUUUCUGCGCGGCGGCGGCUUGAGGCAGCAUCAAUGGCCUCCUCACCACGUCCCUUCACCCGCAGCCGACCUCGUGCCCAUACCCUUCAGCUGCGGCGGCAACGGCUCGGCAUGUCCCCGUCGUCAAACCGCAACAUCACCCCCCUCUCCGUCGCCAUCAUCGUCAUCGCCACCAGCAGGCACCAAGUCAUCAUCGUCCAAGAAUAAACAACCCCCUCCUCAGUGCCCGGAUUACUUCCGCUUCAUCCACUCCGACCUGUCGCCGUGGCGCGAGACGGGGAUCACGCGCGAGGCGGUGGAGCGGGGGCGCCACCGGGCGGCGUUCCGGCUGGUGGUCGUGGACGGCCGCGCGUACGUGGAGACGUACCACCGCGUGUUCCAGACGCGUGACACCUUCACGCAGUGGGGCAUCGCGCAGCUGCUGGCGCGCUACCCCGGACGCGUCCCGGACCUGGACCUCAUGUUCAACUGCGAGGACAUGCCCGAGGUCAAGGUCAAGCCGUCGGAGGAGUCGUCCGCGCCGCCGCUGUUCCGCUACUGCAAGGACGACUCCACGGUGGACAUCGUGUUCCCGGACUGGUCCUUCUGGGGCUGGCCCGAGGUCAACAUCCGUCCCUGGGCGCCGCUGCUGGAGGAGAUGGCCGCCGAGAUGGGUCGCCUGCCGUGGGCGGACCGGGAGCCGUACGCGUACUGGAAGGGCAACCCCACCGUGUCCGCCGAGCGCGCCGACCUCCGCCGCUGCAACGACUCCUCGUCGUCCGGCGGCACGCGCGUGUUCUGGCAGGACUGGGGCGCCGCCAUCCGGGACGGCUUCCGGGACUCCAACCUGGCCAAGCAGUGCCGCUACCGCUACAAGAUCUACGUGCGUGGCCGGUCCUGGUCGGUCAGCCUCAAGUACAUCCUCGCCUGCGACUCGCCGGUGCUGCUCAUCGCCACGCCCUUCAAGGACUUCUUCUCCCGGGGCCUCGUCGCCGGCAGGCACUACUGGCCCAUCGACCCCGGAGCCCGCAAGUGCGCCGACAUCAACUUCGCCGUCCACGACUGGGGCAACGCGCACCCGGAGCAGGCGCGCCGGAUGGCGGAGGAAGGCAGCGGCUUCGCGCGCCACCAGCUCAGCAUGGACUACGUCUACGACUACAUGCUGCACCUGCUCACCCAGUACGCCGGCCUGCUCCGCUACAAGCCCACCGUGCCGGAGAACGCCGUAGAGCUGUGCGCCGAGACCGUCGCCUGCCCCGCUGCGCACCACAGCAACAGGAGGGAGUUCGACUUCAUGAUGCAGUCCAGGGAGAGGUACAUCGCCGACUACCAGCCCUGCACGCUGCCGCCGCCCUUUACCGACCGUCACAUCAGGGAGAUGACGCGAAGAGACCAGGAGGUGCGCGCCAACGUGCACAAGAUGAUGACCACCGUCACUCCAUGACGUCACCAAUUAAGGGAUUCUCUUGUUCUCUAUCUAUCUAUCUAUCUUGAAUAUCCACUUCGUUAUACUACGUCCUGGUCUCUGUCUCUAUAAUAUUAAAAUAUCAGUU